GUAUGCUCGCACAGUAUGAUUGAUCUAACCUUAACCGGCAAGGUUUACACGUGGAGAAGAAGUGCACGAUACAGUUUCGGUUAACAGGAUCCACUAGCAGCGAAUAACGGUGAAGACAUUUCCAAAAGCAGCCCCAGCUUCCCCGCUAUAUUUUCUCCCGAUGGCCGAGUUCGAUCCACCAUCUCCAGUCUUUUCUCCAACCUCUAGCUCUCAAGUGCUAGACCCUCGUUACAACGCUAGACUUAGUCGCCCACUUCCAACCAUGAGACCGAACGUCGGCAUUAUUUAAUCCUAAGAGAGCCUCAGUGGCCAAUUCAACUUCAUAUGUAAACAUUUAUCAACUUACUUUUGCUGUUCUUCUUUGAAAUUCUUUUUAUGCAUAUAUAUAAGUCUUGAUAGCAGUUAAACACCUAAGCUACUAUUCCCCCGAUUCGAAUACGUCAUUGUACUACCUGUAAUAAGAGCGAGUGCUUGCGAUGGCGCUUUCUGGAGUUGAGGUUUCCAAACAUGAUAGCAAGGAGUCUUGCUGGGUGGUAAUUCAUGGGAAAGCGUAUGAUGUCACGGAAUUCUUACCUGAACAUCCGGGUGGGAUGCGUAUUAUCUUGAAAUAUGCGGGGAAAGACGCCACCGAAGAAUUUGAGCCUAUACAUCCUCCGGAUACCCUAGACAAGUAUCUGGACAAAUCGAAGCAUUUAGGACCCGUCGAUUUGAGUACUGUUGCGAAGGUGGAAGAAGAAGAGGAUCCCGAAGAGGCUGGACGGCAAGAGCGCAUCUCAAAUAAGCCCUUGUUAUCGCAAUGCUACAAUCUAAUGGACUUCGAGUCUGUUGCCAAAAAUACCAUGAAGAGGGGUGCUUGGGGUUAUUACUCCAGUGCUGCGGAUGAUGAAAUAACAUUGCGAGAAAACCAUGAAGCUUUUCACAGGAUAUGGUUCAGGCCUAGGAUUUUGGUCGACGUGAAGGAAGUGGAUUUUUCAACUACGAUGCUCGGAACUAAAGUUGACAUGCCCUUCUACGUUACCGCGACGGCACUAGGAAAGUUGGGACAUCCAGAGGGUGAGGUUGUAUUAACCAAGGCUGCAAAGAAGCACAACGUCAUACAGAUGAUCCCCACAUUAGCAUCAUGCUCAUUUGACGAGAUCAUGGAUGCGGCGGAAGGCGACCAAGUGCAGUGGCUGCAGCUUUACGUCAACUCGGACCGCGCGAUCACCGAACGCAUUGUCAGACACGCCGAGAAGCGAGGGUGCAAGGGGCUUUUUAUCACAGUUGACGCCCCACAAUUAGGGCGAAGAGAGAAGGAUAUGCGAUCUAAAUUCACCGACUCGGGCUCCAACGUCCAAUCAGGACAACAGACGGACAACUCUCAGGGCGCCGCGCGCGCCAUCUCAUCUUUCAUCGACCCGGCCCUGUCCUGGAAGGACAUCCCGUGGUUCCAAUCUAUCACCAAAAUGCCCAUUAUCCUCAAGGGCGUGCAGCGGGUCGAGGACGUGAUCAAAGCGAUCGAGCACGGCGUACAGGGCGUCGUGCUCUCGAACCACGGCGGUCGGCAGCUCGACUUCGCGCGGUCUGCGGUCGAGGUCUUAGCUGAGACGAUGCCAAUCUUACGGGGACUCGGGCUCGAGAAUAAGAUCGAGAUCUUCGUGGAUGGCGGCGUGCGCCGCGCCACCGACAUCAUCAAGGCGCUGUGUCUGGGCGCCAAAGGCGUCGGUAUUGGCCGCCCCUUCCUCUACGCGAUGUCGGCCUACGGACUUGAGGGUGUCGAUCGCGCCAUGCAGCUCCUGCGCGACGAAAUGGAGAUGAACAUGCGCCUCAUUGGCGCCACGAGCAUCGACCAGCUCAACCCCUCACUCGUCGAUGUGCAGAACCUAGGCGCCCAUGUCACCGGCGUGCCGAGGGAUAACCUUGGGUAUAAGGUCUACGAUCCCCUUGCUACACCAGCGUUUAAGGCCCCCAAGUCGAAACUAUAAGGAGGGCCAGGGCAGAAAGGGGUGUAGAGAAUUUCGUUGCUUUUUGUGUGAGAUACCGAUGUGGCAUGUAUUGUUCAGUGUGGCAUUUGGAUCUGCUGUUGACUUGGGUUAUGUGUAUUCAGAUAUAUAUGUAUAUACCUAUCAAGUACUUAUUAUUGAACUGCUCGCUUUUUACUACCUA